CCAGACUCCUUCUGAUUUUAGACACCCCAUACAGAUCUUCCCUGUUCCAUUAGAGCCAGCCUGUGCUGCCUGCUGCCACCGCUGACUGCCACAUCAGCAAGGAUUAAACCUGGACACAGGACCUUCUGAUCAGGAAAUCAGAUUUUCUAGGGUCUGGAAGAGUCAAUAUGUUGGAUCAGAUUCAUCUGCUGGCUGCCGUGACAGUCCUGGGAGUCCUGGAGCAAGCCUACUUCAUCCUCCAGGUGAUCUAUGCCAGGAGAGUGUUUGGUGUUUCUCCUCCAAAGAUCUCAGGCCCACCUGAAUUUGAGAGGAUCUUUCGAGCACAGGUGAACUCCUCUGAGUAUUUUCCCCUUUUCCUGGCAGUUCUGUGGCAGGCUGGACUCUUCUUCCAUCAAGGUCUGGCUGCAGCCUUGGGCCUGCUCUAUCUCUACACCCGCUACUGCUACUUUAUGGGAUACAAGGCAUCGUCCUCAGAAAGGCUCACCCCGAUAUACUUCAGCAGUGGAAUUCUCUGGAUUCUCCUUGCAGCAUCAGUCCUGGGCAUCUCACAUUUCUUCCUCUCUCACUAUGUGGGGCUGAACAUCCUCCAGCUCCUCACAGCGUGACCUGCUCCUCUGUCCCUCAUCAGUGUCCUUGCCUUCAAGUCCUGCUCCCCCCGCCCAGGGUAACAGACUGGCUGUACCUAACACAGCACAAGUAACAAAUCCACCCUCACUUGAGUUUUUAACACCUCCCUCCCCAUUGCCCAGCACCAGCACAAACUGCUGAGUUCUUCAGGAGAUAUUUUUCCCCCACGACACUCUUUGUGCUGAGUGCUCUGUAUCUGGCAGCUCUGUCUCACCUGAUGUGGUCCAAAACAAGAAGAUUAGGAAAACUGGACACAUAAAAGCAAAAGAGUCUCAGCCUGAGCUUCCCAGUGAGCUGCCCCUGGGAAUCACCAUGUGUUCCCCCUUUCCCACAGCUCUGCCUUCAGCCCAGGCACCAAACACAGCUUCAUGCUGUUUUUCUAAGGCGCACACCUAAGAAAGGCAUUUUUUGGAAACCAGGUGAGGGCUGAGGCAUAACAAAAGAUGUGAGGGAUAAACAGGAGCAGCCACCAAUAUGUGUGAAAGUCUGUUAGUGCCCUGGUAAUGGUUGUUAGCCGUUGCCCCUGGGUGAUAGGAUAAAUCAGACUGCACAAACUCACAACCACUGCUGCACGUAGAACUUUGGGUGCUGCUGAGCAACAACAUGCACAAAUAAAAAGGCACCGA